AUGACAUCAGGCAGUGCAAUUAUUGCAAUAGACGAUCAAGUUUCCACCGAAUCUGGCGUCGACGAAGACCAAAUAUCCUUGACAGAAAGUCAAAAAGAAGAAUCUAAACAUUCUGAUGUCUAUUUCGUUUCGCGACCGGUUUAUAACAAAUCAAACUUCUUCGAUCGUUACAAUCACGAAGCAAAUAAAGACAAAAGCUGUGGGGAAAAAAUACGAAGCCUUGAGCCCGAGGUCUCUUGUGAAAGGUUUUUAAAUGUUUUGUUGUCAUUUGUACCCUUGCUCUCAUGGCUGCCAAAAUAUAAACUGCGUAGAAAUUUACUUUUGGAUAUUGCAGCUGGGUUGACAAUUGGGGUUAUGAAUAUUCCACAAGGUUAG